CAAGAACCAGGGGGCUGUUGCCCGACUGGAGGAAGACCGUGGUAGGAGCCGCAGCAAAGUCGGAGGUGUAGGUUAUGAGGUGUUCUCAUAUAGGACCUCAUCCCACAUAGGAUCAUUUGGCAAACACUAGAAAAUAUGGAGUGAUCUUAGAAUACAAGAUGUACAAAGAAUAAUAGUUUAUAGACUAUUGUUCUGGAAAUUUUUUUGCAUAUCCAAAAUUAAAGUCCAAAGUAAAGAUUUUUUUAGAAUCAUGAUAACUACCUUUGGAUCAAAGUAAAAAACAUACGAAAACCAUAGACAGUAAGGAUUGUAUCCUAGAGCCGCUUUCCCUGCCAGAAAGUCCAGGUGGCACCACCACUUUAGAAGGUUCUCCAUCUGUGCCUUGUAUUUUCUGUGAAGAACAUUUUCCUGUGGCUGAACAAGACAAACUUCUGAAGCACAUGAUUAUUGAGCAUAAGUUUGUCAUAGCUGAUGUCAAGUUGGUUGCUGAUUUCCAAAGGUACAUUUUAUAUUGGAAAAAAAGGUUCACUGAACAACCCAUCACAGAUUUUUGUAGUGUGAUAAGAAUCAAUUCCACAGCUCCAUUUGAAGAACAAGAAAAUUAUUUUUUGUUAUGUGAUGUUUUACCAGAAGACAGAAUUCUUAGAGAAGAGCUUCAGAAACAGAGACUGAAAGAAAUUCUGGAGCAACAGCAGCAAGAACGAAAUGAUACCAGUUUUCGAGGCAUUUGUAUGUUUUGCAAUGACGAAUUCCUCGGAAACAGAUCUGUUCUGUUGAACCACAUGGCCAAAGAACAUGCUUUCAACAUUGGAUUGCCAGACAACAUUGUAAACUGCAAUGAAUUUCUGUGUACAUUACAGAAAAAGCUUAACAAUUUGCAGUGCUUAUACUGUGAGAAGACCUUUAGGGACAAAAAUACACUUAAAGAUCACAUGAGGAAAAAACAGCAUCGUAGGAUCAAUCCUAAGAACAGAGAAUAUGACCGAUUUUAUGUCAUCAAUUACUUGGAACUCGGAAAAUCAUGGGAAGAAGUUCAGCUGGAAGAUGAUCGGGAGUUGCUAGACCAUCAGGAAGAUGACUGGUCUGAUUGGGAAGAACACCCUGCAUCUGCUGUCUGCUUAUUUUGUGAAAAGCAAGCAGAAACAAUCGAGAAAUUAUAUGUCCACAUGGAGGAUGCACAUGAAUUUGAUCUUCUCAAAAUAAAGUCAGAACUUGGAUUAAAUUUCUAUCAGCAAGUGAAACUAGUCAAUUUUAUUCGGAGGCAAGUUCACCAGUGUAGAUGUUAUGGUUGCCACAUGAAGUUCAAAUCCAAAGCAGACUUAAGGACUCACAUGGAAGAAGCUAAACACACUUCACUGCUUCCUGAAAGAAAGGCAUGGGAUCAACUUGAGUAUUAUUUUCCAACCUAUGAAAAUGACACUCUCCUGUGUACACUAUCUGACAGUGAAAGUGACCUAACAGCUCAGGCACAAAAUGAAAAUGUUCCCAUCAUCAGUGAAGAUACAUCUAAACUACACGCUUUGAAACAAAGCAGUAUUUUGAACCAGUUGCUACUACAAGAGUGCUUGAAAAACUAGAAGAAACUACCACAGAAGCAAUUUUUCAUGUUUUUCUCUUAUGAGACAGACAUGAAAGAAUAGUUUAAAUUUGAACAUCAGCAAAGGAUUAGUCCUUGGUGAAAUAAACUUUCCAAAAAUGAAUGUUCUUUUUAAAAAAUGAAGUAGAAAAUAAAAUGAAGACUCUUUGUAUUUUGGCUAUAAAGUUUUAUUGUGUGACCAUCUUAAAUUAUCUCAUUUCAUUAAACUCAUAAUCAUCUUAUAGGGAAGACAUGCCAAUCACCAAGAAAUGAAAUGUUCAAAUUAUUUAUAAACCUGAUUUUCAACCAGUGCUUUCAGUCUCUUCCACAGGCCUUUUUCAUCCUACAAAUCACAAAAUUUGACACUGUGCAGGGUGAACUGUAAACGUAAUGACCAAAAGAGGAGGAGCCAGAGAAGAAAGAAAAAAUGGUCAAAUACCUGGGUAAUGUGUAAACUGGACAUUAUUUUAGAAUAAUCAAGAGCCAGCUAUAUUGUCAUUAUUGCUUUCUACCUAGAGUUGCCAAACUCCCUAGAAAUGGACAUCAAGCAGUGUGUAUAUCACUCACAGAUCAGUACAAUUUUUUAAAAAACAUAAGCACAAUACCAUUAUGACACAUAACAGAAUUAACAAUAACUUCUUAAUAUCAUCUGUUUUCUAUUUUCCCCAGUAGUCUCAAAGUGUCUUUUUACAUUAUCAGUUCAAUAACUGAUACCGUGUGCCUCCUUAUAAGAUGCACUAAAGAGGGCAAAACAAAAAUGUACAACUUGAAUAUAAUGAAGAAACAAUCAAACCCAAGUUGAGGGACAGUCUAUGAAAUAAUUGGCCUUUGCUUGUGAAAAAUGUCAAGAUCAUAAAAAACAAAAACUAAAAAACUAUCAGAUUAAACAGGGCUAAAGAUAGCACAAUGUGAUUCUGGAUUGAAUGCUUGACCAUGAAAAAAAAUGUUUUUCUUUUGCUAUAAGAGACAUUAGUGGGAUGAUUGGCAAAAUUUAAAUAAGGUCCAUAAUAAAUGUAAUGGUAUUGGUGUUAAUUUGCACAUUCUUUGCAAUUGUACUGUGAUUAUAUAAGAAUGUCUUUGUUUUUAGGAAAAAUACAUUGAAGUAUUUAUUUUGUUUACAUAUUACUCCUGAAAAAAUAACAUGAAUAUACAGAGAAUUAUAAAGUAAAACAUGGUAAGAUGUUAACAUUGGGGGAAAUCUAGGUAAAGAGUAUGUGGGAAUUCUUUAUACUAUGGCAACUGUUCUGUAAGUCUGAAAUUAUUUCAAAAUUAAAAGUUUUUAGAGAUGUC